AUGGCACAGAAGGACAAGUCGUUAAAAAUGAAUAAAACCACUGCAGCCGCCGUAUAUUUCAUGGAAUGGACGAGUACUGCACUGAUCGCAUACGCUAACACGAUAAAUGAGAUAUACUCAAUUCCUCUCAUAGAACAUUGCACCAAGAAGAACACGGAGGUAAAUAAAGGCAAAGUGGAGCUGGAGAAAUCUUUACCUGAUUCAAAGCUAACAGAAAAGGGCGAACAUGACCAACUUGUUGCAAGACUUAGAGAAUCUGCUUCAAAAGUUACAGAAUGGAGUGAUUUUGGUUGUGAUCAGACAGCUAACAUCCGGAACAAAGAGUGUGGUGACGAAUACAUAGGAGAAACAGCUAGACUACUAUGUAUUCGAAUCAAUGAACACCUGGACGGCAAAACGAAAUCAUGUGACUCCACUGCAUUGGGUGGUCACAGGGUGCGUCGUCAUAACGGAGAAGAUUUCCAAGUUAAGAUCACGAUUUUGGCGCACGAACCUAGCAUUGCGGCGCGCAAGGCUCUGGAAGCUUUUUGGAUCCACUCCAAGAGUCCAAAUAUGAAUCGCAAAGAGGAAUGCUUCUCCAUUACGCGGGAACACGCGCCUUAUUUAAGGCUGAUAUUUGAUUGCGCUAGACCUCACAACAGGUAUCUAGCAGUGGCAGGACAGUCAGCUGAUCCUAAGGCUCUGAAGAAGGCGAUAUUGCCGAAACGUUAG